AUGGACGAUGCAGUCGCACUGCUUGACAGCCCCAAGAAAAAGUCGCUACAGUCUCAAGCAGACACCCUGCGUGUCGAGCUGAAAGAAUACGAACGGGCCUUCGCAGCCGAACACAAUGGGCGCAAACCGAACAGAGACGAAAUCAAAGCUAACCAGAACAUUGCCGGCAAGUAUCAGCAAUAUCAGAACAUUCGCAUGGUGCUGGCUGGCAAGCGCGGACUGGAAGUGCUGAAGACACCCAGGCGACAGCAGACAACAAGGGGGACGAGGCAUGCCCGGACAGACAGUGCAAUCAGUCUCACACCCCAGCGACCGCGCAGUAGCUUUACUCCCACAAGGCCACAGAUCCAGAUCCAUCCGAAUGACAUCGACCCAUACGAUCAGCCCUUGUCGAUCUCUCCGAGAGUGUUUCCUCAGGCGAUCGGCCCUACGCCGCGCAGAGAUGGCACGGUACUCGGUAUAUUCGACCUGCUGUCGAACUCAGGCUCUGGGAGGGGUUCUCAAGCGACUCCCUCAAGCAGGAAGAGGAAGGUUGGUGCACUCUACGGAGUGACAGGUCAUAAUCAAGCAGGAGGGUUCACAGAAAUUGCGCAAACACCAAGCCAAAGGCCAAGACAAGCGGCCACCGGUAUCGGCAUAGACGGCGCUUGCGGAGCUGCUGCGACUCCGCGCUCGACCAUGGCCACAGGAAAGCGUAACCACUCCAAGACACCGAUCAGCGAGGGCAAGAAGUUCAUGCUGAAUCAUUUCUUCGCGACGCCCAGCGCAGUCAGGUUUGCCGGCGUGAUUGGUGGUGACGGUGAUGGUGAUGGUGAUGGUGAGGCGACUCCCCCAGCACAAGGCAAAACCCCCUUGCGCGACUUGGUCCUAGGAAUCACCCCGACGCAGACCAAGAUCGGGGCUCAGACCAGCAGCGCAAACGACGCAACGCCACCGUAUCUGAAGCGGUCCUUCUCAUUCAAAGAACGGCUUCUUUCCGCCUUCGGAGCGCAAAACCCCACUUCGACCACCACCGCUCGACGGAGUCUCAGCGGGAGUCUGCGCCACGGGAAGUUCGCGUCAAAACCGCUGAGCCAGAUUAUAGCAGAUAGACAACAAGCUCAAGACCAGGGGGCGCAACGCCAAAGAAAUGACGACGAAGAUGGAGAUGAAGAUGACCUGGAUGCUUUGAGGGAAAUGGAAGCCACCGAGGUUAACAUCCUUGUGGAAGACAGUCAGUUCCUCGACGACUCCAACCAAGCAUUUGGCAAUGGGGAUGGGAAGGCAGACCAGCCCGGUCAUGCCUGGAGGAAGAAAGGCCAAAAGAGGACAACAAGACGAGUCAUCAUGCGCCCGGUUAGACCCGAACCAGCUGCCCCAGCGAGGCAGAGGCAAAAGCAAAAUCAAAAGCCGAAGCAAAAGAUUAUGCCAGAGGACGGUGAAGAGGAUGAAGAUGAAGAGUCCGGUGAAGACAAUAACAACGUUUCUCUCGUCGAGGAGACUCAACUCGUCGACACACCUCCCGCCGAAGAUUCAGACUUGGAUUUCCUCGAUGACGACGACAAUGAGCCCGAAAAUAAGAACCAUCGAGGUGAUUCCGACGAGGAUGAUGGUUUCCAGCCUAACGGAGACGGACCCUCGAAAACCAAGAAGCCCAAGUCAAAGGCAGGCCUGUCGCUUGAGAAGUCAAAGUCGAAAGCUGCGCAAGAUCCCGCCGGCUCGCUGGGAAAGCCUUCAAAAUCCAAGAAAGCCCCGAAGAACACGACGGGCGCGAAGGAGGUAAAGGAAAUUCCCGGCCGGAUGAUCAACCCCAAUGCAUACUCGCACAUGAACUUCCGGAGCCUGAAGAUCAAGAACAAGAACUCAAAGGCGAAGGGGCGAGGAAGGUUUGGUAGAGGCAGAAGAUGA